AUGCAGAAGUUAUACGAAGACAUGGAGAAUCGUAGCACAUUUACAACUAAACUUGGAAGAGUCCCAGAAAACACGCGCUCAGAACAUGAAGGAUAUCUUCAAUGGAACAAAUUUUCAUCUAAAUAUGACCAUCACACCAUACUUCAAACACUAAUUGAUGGGAGAGACUCAAAUACCAAGGAUAUUAAAGGUUGUUCAUUGCCAACUCUUGUAUACUUAGCCAGGAAGAAGAGACCAAAGCAUCCUCAUAAUUUCAAAGCAGGAGCUAUGAAUGCAUUGAUAAGGGUGUCAUCAGAAAUUAGCAAUGGGCAAGUAAUAUUAAAUGUGGAUUGUGAUAUGUACUCGAAUCAUUCAUGUUCUGUGAGAGAUGCACUUUGUUUCUUCUUGGAUGAAGAAAAAGGACAUGAAAUUGCCUUCGUCCAGUUCCCACAGGGUUUCGAAAAUGUUACAAAGAAUGAAUUAUAUGGUAGUUCUUUAAGAGUUAUAUAUGAGAUGGAAUUCCAUGGUUUCGAUGGUUAUGGAGGUCCUCUUUAUAUUGGAACUGGUUGUUUCCAUCGAAGAGAUACCUUAUGCAGUAGAAAAUUCAACAAGGAUACUAGGAUUGAGUGGAAGAUGGAGAACGAUAGGAAUAUAAAAGAAACUGCAAGUAAAUUAGAGGAAAGACUUAAAGGGCUUGCAAGUUGUGGAUAUGAAGAGAAUACUCAAUGGGGAAAACAGAUGGGCUUGAAAUAUGGUUGUCCAGUUGAAGAUGUGAUAACUGGGCUAUUGAUUCAAUGUCAAGGAUGGAAAUCCGUGUAUUAUAAUCCAACAAGGAAGGGUUUCUUAGGUGUUGUUCCAACCUCAUUGAAUGACACACUUUUGCAACACAAGAGAUGGUCCGAAGGUGUUCUACAGAUUUUGCUAUCUAAGUAUAGUCCUCUAAGGUAUGGAGUUGGAAGAAUUAGCCUUGGCCUUCAAUUGGGAUAUUGCACACACUGCCUCUGGGCUCUGAACUGCUUCGGAACGUUAUAUUACUCUAUUGUCCCUUCACUUUACCUUCUAAGAGGCGUCUCUUUGUUCCCACAGGUCUCAAGCCCAUGGUUACUACCAUUUGCGUACGUGAUAAAUUGCAUAAACAUAUACAGCGUGGUUGAGUUUCUAUGGUGUCAAGGCACAAUCUUAGGAUGGUGGAACGAACAGAGAAUGUGGCUCUAUAAGAGAAUGACCUCCUAUCUAUAUGCCUCUAUUGAUGUCAUCUUAGGGUUACUUGGUCUUUCAACGACAUCUUUUGUGGUCACAAAUAAAGUGUUUGAUCCAAAUGUGUCCCAGAGAUAUGAGCAAGAGGUGAUGGAGUUCGGAACCUCUGUUCCCAUGUUUACCAUUUUGGCAACACUAGCUCUACUCAACUUAUUCUCGUUGAUCUGGGUAGUCAACAAAGUGUUACUCACAAAGGAUGGGCUUAUGCUUUGUAAGACCAUGGUUUUGCAGAUUCUACUAUGUAGCCUUCUUGUUGUCAUUAAUUUGCCACUAUACCAAGUUCUUUUCCUCCGAAAGGAUAAAGGUAAUAUGCCAGGCUCUAUCACAACAAAAUCGACCUUUUUAGCUAUCUUUAUUUGUUCUUGUUUUGUGUUCUUGUACUAG